CAGAGCGGCAGUGCGCCUCCGCCGGAUGCACCACAGCUUCGUCCGCCUCAAAGCUCCAUCUGCUGCGCGUCGUUCUUUUCCUACGUCAGUCCAGACCUGGGGGACUAUGACCAAUAGACCCUUCUCCCAUUUCAGAGUGAUCCAGCUGGGAAGAUAGAACAUUUAUGACCUGUGCAUCCUACACCCCCAGAAAAAUGAGGACUAUCUUACUGGGCGUUGUGUUGGUCUGCCUUGGCCUUUCCGUGGAUGCGUUGUCUUUGAAUGGACGGAGGAUAGAGGCAGUAGGAGGAGAGGGAAACGAAGCAGCGAUCAGAGGAGAGAAGCUGCUCAAAAGAGUGAGAAGAGGCUGGAUGUGGAACCAGUUCUUCCUGCAGGAGGAGUACACAGGCAGUGAUUACCAGUAUAUUGGCAAGCUCCAGUCAGACCAGGACCGUGGUGAUGGUUUAGUCAAGUACAUCCUCUCCGGUGAGGGGGCCGGCACCAUCUUUGUCAUCGACGAGAAUAACGGCGACCUGCACGCCACCCGCCGCCUAGAUCGUGAGGAGAAAGCUUUUUACGUCCUCAAGGCAACCGUCGUCAACAAACGGACAGGAUACAAACUGGAGCCAGAGACAGAGUUCACAGUCAAACUUCAUGACAUCAAUGACAAUGAGCCUCACUUCAGCAAAGAGGUUUACACCGGGAGUGUACCUGAGAGGUCUGAUAUUGGUACUUCGGUCAUCCAGGUGACGGCUACAGAUGCUGAUGACAGUAUGUACGGGAACAGCGCCAAACUGGUCUACAGCAUCAGCCAGGGACACCCCUACUUCUCUGUGGACCCUAAUACAGGUGUGAUUCGGACAGCCUUGGGUCCAGGUGACAUGGACCGUGAGCAGAGGGAGCACUACCAGGUGGUGAUCGAAGCCAAAGACAUGGCCGGGCAGAGAGGAGGGCUCACAGGAUCCACGGUGGUGAACAUCACACUCACCGACGUCAACGACAACCCGCCUCGCUUCACUCAGAGUAUAUACCAGUUCAGAGUUCCAGAGUCAUUCAAGUCUGGGGCUCCGGUGGGGAGGAUUAGAGCCACAGACAGAGACAUCGGCAAAAACGCAGAGAUGUAUUUCACCAUCGUCAGUGGAGAUGGCAUGGACAUGUUUGACAUCUCCACCAACAAAGACACCCAGGAGGGCGUCAUCACUGUCAGCAAGCCUUUGGAUUAUGAACGGAAACAGUCGUACACAGUGGAGAUCCAGGUCCAGAACACCCAGGUGGACCCCCGCUUCAUGUCCACAGGCUCCAAAGACAUGGCCACAGUUCGGAUCAGCGUGGAGGACGUGGAUGAGCCACCCCUGUUCGACAAAGCCAGCUAUCUGAUGGAGGUGAAGGAAGACGCUGCAGUGGGCGCCGCCGUGGGUUCAGUCAGCGCCGUGGACCCCGAUGGAACUCGCAGCCCAGUCAAGUACUCGAUCGACCGCCGCACCGACAUGGACCGCCUGUUCAACGUUCAUCCUGGGAACGGGUCUAUCUUCCUGCUCAGAAGCCUGGACAGAGAGGAGACGGCCUGGCAUAAUAUUUCAGUCAUCGCCACCGAGUUCAAUAAUCCCCGUCAGAGCAGUCAUGUUCCUGUCUACAUCCGCCUGCUGGACAUCAAUGACAACGCUCCCACCUUUGCUACGGUGUACGAAACCUUUGUCUGUGAGAAGACCAAGGCCGGUCAGCGGAUCCAGACUGUGAGUGCCGUGGAUGCCGAUGAACCGUCGACAGGACACAAGUUCUUCUUCAGCCUGGCUCCUGAAGGGGCCUACCGAAGCAACUUCACUGUCCGAGACAACGGAGACAACACCGCUGGGAUACUGACACGACGAGCCAGCUACAGCCGCCUUCACCAAAGCGUCUACCUGGUUCCUGUUGUGAUCACGGACGGCGACUACCCCAUGCAGAGCAGCACCGGGACCCUCACUGUGAGGGUGUGCACCUGUGACCGGGAUGGCAACAUGGAGCUGUGCAACGCUGAGGCUCUGAGCAGCUCUCCAGGCCUCAGCACCGGAGCACUCAUCGCUAUUCUGCUGUGUGCAAUCAUACUACUGAUGAUCGUGGUUUUAUUCACUGCAUUAAAACGCCAAAGGAAGCAGGAGCCGCUGAUCAUCUCCAAAGAGGACGUCCGGGACAACGUGGUGAGCUACAACGACGAGGGCGGCGGCGAGGAAGACACCCAGGCCUUCGACAUCGGAGCCCUGCGACACCCAGACGCCGCCGCCGUAUUGGAGGAAUCAGCCAAACAGAGGCGUGACAUCAUACCCACCGACACCCUGCUGUACUCAGCCCACCGCCGGCCCGCCCCCUCCGCCUCCAGCCUCAUCAUGCCCCCGGUGAACAUGGGAUCACGGGACAACGGGGACGUACGCGAGUUCAUCAACCAGAGAGUCCUGGAAAACGACUGUAACCCGACAGCGCCGCCGUACGACUCGCUGGCCACCUACGCCUACGAGGGGGCGGGGUCAGUGGCCGAGUCGCUGAGCUCGCUGGGUUCGGCGUCGUCCGAAGCCGAGCAGGACUACCACUACCUGAGUGACUGGGGGCCCAGGUUCAGAAAACUAGCCGACCUGUACGGCGCCGAGGACAGUGACUUCUCCUAACAGAGACACUGAGGAAUCCAACACACACACACACACACACACACACACACAAAGGCUCAGAGAAGCGCAGGGCUGACGACAGCAGCAGACAACACCUGAAGAUGGUGAAAGCUGCUGAGGAGCUUUAAGGAAACACAAACUUUUUAAAAAAUGCUAGUACACACACACACACACACACACACACACACAACAGACCCCAAACCCCCACGGUGGACUCAGAUGUUAAGUCCAUUGAGUGGAAUGUCCCAAACACUGGUUAUUGAAGGAACGCCACCUGAUCUUUGUCCUGCACGUGGAUCCAAAAACGGAGCUUACCAAGUCAUUUUCAAAAGGAGAAAAAACUGAACAUCUUUGUUGGGAAUGCAAACUAAUGGAUGUAGAAAUGUAAAUCAACCAGCACGGCGGUGGAGCCCAGAGACCUGCAGCUCCACCAGUGGGACCCUCUCUCUUCAGAUGCUCAUUCCAGGCCUGAUUGGAGUUUUGAAUCUAACCUGGACUGUAUUUUUUAUUGGACUUUUCACACUUUCAGGCUUGGCUUUAAUCUUCUCCUGGGUUACCAAAUGUCUGCUACCGUUCCUGUUGCUUUAAAGCUGCAGGAGACACAGCAUUCAAGGCGAACUGAAUGGAGGAAAAGUGUUUGAACCAGGUCAGUCGACAGAAGCCCCACUGUAGUCAUUUCAGGAGUGGACCACACACCGCUGCCCAUAUGAACUUAUGAAGUGUAGAGUGUGGGGAAAUGUUCUUCUUUUUUUUUUCUUUUUUUUUGAAUAAGUGCCCUUCUGCUGCCCUUCGAGCUGAACUGUGGACGCCUGUUGGCUGGCUGAGACUGAAGGGGGCUAAUGACUCUGAGAUGAUUGCUUUUGUCUUUUUUUUUCUUCUUUUUUUCAGUUUGUUUUUUUUUUUCCUGUCUUGUACAAAAUGACCAUUCCAGAGGAGCUGUUGUGAAGGAUCCUCGAUUGAAAUCGCCUUCUUCGGGACACAGAGUAAAAAGAGGACAACUCAUAAGAAUAAAUGCACUGAUUUCGUUUUGUUUACACAGGUUUUUUUUUUUUUAAUGCUGCACACAAAAAGAUGUUCACAGCAUCAUUUCUUCUCGAUUAAAUGUAUAUUGUGUCAGAAGUGUGAUUAAACUGUUCUAUAAAUCUUCUGUUUUACUUUUUUUAGCAACAAAAUACAACUUCAAAUAUCAUAUAGACAUUUAAACAUUCAAACAAUAUUAAAAAAUAAAGUAUUUUCAUCACUUUUAUUACAAUAUGCUUUAUCUUAGGACACGGGGAAGCCUUGUCUUCACAGUCUUGCUGUCACUUUUUAGUAAAAUCUCAAGCUCACUUUAAAAACACAGAAAGGGAUGACAUGGAAGCUAAACAAAACGAUCUGAAAAGAUGUUUAUUUCAAUAAUAUAACUUUUUUUAGCUGCAAAGUGGUUCCAAUCUGUUGGAUAUAAAAUAUAAGAUCAAGUGUUUUUGCUGUUUCACAUCCUUUCAGACUAGUUCGAUUAUGUUAUAAUCUGUAAAUUUGUUGGCAUUUGAUGAAAAAAUCAGCCACUAUUGAAUGAAACAUCAAAGGUUUACACCCUGAUUUUAAGCUUCCUUAGACUGAGAGCAUUUUUAUUCUAUUUUGGAUGUUUUUAGUAGAAUAUUACAAUAUAAACGUCCAAUGAAACAAGUCAGUCUGAUGAGAUCUGUGGUCUCCUGAAAGGAGGAGGAGGAGUGCUGAGCCAAAAUGUACCAUAUUUCAGAAUAUAGUAACAAGCUGGUGAUAAACUACAGCCAAAACAUGUUCUCACAAGUGGUUGGAGACCAAAGUGGAAGAUGAAAACUAAACUAAACUUUCAGUCUUCAUUUGAGAAGUCCAAUGAAAUGCAUGUAGGUUUAAAACAAAAAGGAAACCAGCACGACCACACGAAUAACCGAACAUGCACAGACUUGAUUUUCAGAGGGUGAAACAGACGUAUGUGUUCAAGCUUGACUUUUUGGAAAAAGUGACAGCUCCACUUCACAGCCAGCGUCGCAGCUUGAAUGUCUUUUCCGGUAACCUGUUUUUCAGCUGCGUACUAUUUCCUUCUUGUACCUGUUUCCUCCUGUGUACUCAGAGUAUAGAUGGAGGAGAUGAUCCAAAUGUUUUCACCCAAAGGUAUUCUGGCACAGAUUUCAGUUGCUGCAUUGUCACAGACAAAAACAAACAGAUUUCCUUAUUUGCUUUGCAGUUUUAUUCAGCUCAUCUCCGUGUCUCAUCCGGAGACGCGGGGUUUUGUCGUUAAAUGUUGUAACUAAAUGACACUGGAAGAUGACAAAUCUGUCAGCUGCUUUGAUGUCAAUCUAAAAACCGAAGCAAAAGGUCACCGUGACAACAGCCAACCUCAGUGCGAUGGUUGAAGUGAGAUAUGAGACUAUGAAGUCAGAUCAGCUCGUGGUUCAGACUUUUUGUUGCUCUGAUUUCCUAUCAGGAGUUUGUAUCAUAUGUUUUGGCAGUUCCAGUAAAAGCGGCAGUUUGUUCCAGUAGUGUUUUUGUGACUGUGGUCUGCUCUGAAGGCUUCAACAAAAAAAUGUCCACAUAUUUUUCUUUAUAUUGUAAAUUCUUUCUUUUUGUACCAGAUAUUUAUAGGACACAAUGAUGAUUUGGAGCGGGAAAAAAAAAAAACAGAUACCGUCCAGCUUCACUGUUUUUUAAUGUAAUUUUGGAGGUGUGAAACUUGCUGUGGGCAGUCUACCGUCCGUAUAUGAUGAUGUAUUAAACAGUUGUUUAAUUUUAUCAAAAUAAACUUUUACAGUGAA